AGGGGAGCGGCCGAUACAGCAUUUACUCUUGUCAGUAAACAUCUGGUCCAUACCAAAGCUAACUGUUGAGAUGCAACAAGGGCAUGGUAGGCUAAGAAGGUUUAGCUUUGUACACGCGUAUAUAUUGGGAUGUGUAGCCGCCUUGGCCAAAGGUACAAUCAGGAUUCCAGUUUCCAAGCCAAGUUGCAAUGUCUGUCAUCAAGAAAGUUGCCAUCCUCGGCGCCUCGGGCAACUUGGGCCAGGUCAUCGUCCCAGCCCUGCUACAAGCUGAAUUCGAGGUUACAAUCGUCGCACGCCCAGGAGCAAGCCAACAUGUGCACACGGGCAUAACUGUCAAAAAGGCCCUCUAUGGUGACCUACCCGCAAUGACUACUGCGCUCCAGGGUCAGCAUGCUGUUGUCGAAGCAUUCAACCCUGCGGGCGCUGCUCACCAGGAGACAAUCGUCCUGGCUGCGCUAGCAGCGGGCGUAUCUCACUUGAUCACGCCAGAUUUCAGCUCCGAUACGUUUAAUCCCCAUGCGGAUGAGCUCCAGAUCUUUGAGCCUAAGAGACAGGCUCAGCAGAAGCUCGAGGAGCUUGUAUCUGGUUCAAACGGCACGCUUGCAUGGACGGCCGUCAUUGUGGGUGGGUGGUUUGACUGGGGAAUCAAAACCGGUAAAUUCUGGAUUGAUCAAAAGGCUCGUACUAUCACCAGAUUUGGAUCGGGGGAUCAGAAGUACAGCAUGAGCCGUCUUGCGCUCACGGGAGACGCUGUUGUAGCGGUGCUGAACGACCCUGCUCGGUUCCACAAUAAGCCUGCAUAUUUUGCAAGCCAUACUGUAUCGACCAAUCAGCUGGCAGCCAUAAUCAAGGAGUCGUGUGGCGGAGGUUGGAAAGUCAUUGACAUCCCUCUAGAUGGGUUUGUCGACAAGGCCAGGGUACUUUGGGAACAGGACACAGUUAAGGGGGUUAAAGACCGAAUCAAUUCCCCAGCGUACCAGAUGCUUGGGACGGCAGCAUUAUUUGACGAGCAUAACCGCUACGGGGCUAACUUCGGCGAUAAACUAGAGCCUGGAUGGGACGAAGGCGAGGACGCUUUGAGAGACAAUCUCAAACGACUCAUUAACUAG